CCUUGGCUCUAGCUUAACAACUUGCUCCUCAUGGAAGAACUCACAUCUUGUGCUUCCUCCUUCUAUCAUAAAGCCUCACCCACUCUCCAGCAACUCGUCCACUUGAUCCUCCAAACCCGACCUGAGAACUGGGUUUACUCCAUCUUUUGGCGGCCCUCAAGAGACGACCACGGCCAUCUCGUCCUCACCUGGGACGACGGCCAUUUCCGAGGAACUACGAGAAAUCCAUUCACAUCCAAGCUCACCACCAAAAGGGUGCUCAAAGAAGCCGAAUGUCCGGAUGGUGAGUUCGCUCAGGGCAGCGACAUCGGCGACCCUGAAUGGUACUACAUCUUCUCCGUCACAAGGUCGUAUUCGUCCGAGGACGGCAUACUAGGAAGAGCAUUUCGCUCAGGAGGUCACAUCUGGUUGAGUGGUGAAAACCGCCAUGAACUGGAGAUGUAUGGGUGUGAUGAGAGGGUCAAAGAAGCAAGAAUGCACGGAAUCCAGAGCAUAGUGUGCAUAUCAAUCCCUAAUGGUUCUGGAGUUCUUGAAUUGGGCUCCUCAGAGAUCAUCAAAGAAGAUAGAAGCUUGGUACAUUUAGCCAAGUCCCUCUUCCCUUCUCAUUUCUCGAACCCCCGAAUCAAUCCGCGUGGAGAGAACCCAUCCAACGAUGCCAAAGAAGAACCAGCACUCGUCGUUACGAGCAAGCGUCCAUAUGCUAAGGAAAGCUGUAGGAAGAAAAUAGUGGACGAAGACGAUAAGGAAUCAUCAUUGUCGCCAUCGCUGUCCGGCCCGUUGAGCCACGUGGAGGCAGAGCGGCAGCGGAGGGAGAAGAUGAACCAGCGGUUCUACGCGCUCCGCUCCGUUGUCCCCAACGUGUCCAGAAUGGACAAGGCGUCCCUCCUCGCCGAUGCCGUCGACUACAUCAAGGAACUCCGAUCCCAGAUCGCUGCGUUGGAUUCCAAGCUCGCCAAGUCCGAGCUGCCGUCUCCAAAGCGCCUCAAGACAAAUAGAGAUGUCGCCUCCUUUGGCGACGCGAGUGAGACGACGUCACUGUCGAGCAGGAACAGCUCGAUGACAGCCGCGACGACAUUGGCCGUCCCGGGGCUGAGAGAGAUGGCCGCAGUGGAGGUGAAGGUGGUGGGGCGGGAGGCCGUGGUCUGGGUCCGUAGCCCGAAUCUGGAGCAUCCGUGCGCGAGGUUGAUGGACGUGCUCAAGGAAUUGGGUUUGGUCGUCCAACACGCGAGCAUGUCGUGUGUGAAGGGGAUGAUGGUUCAGGACGUGGUGAUUAGGACUCCGGUCGACUGCUGGGUCAGCGACGAGUCCAUCAGGGAUGCUAUUCGGGCUAAACUAGGCAAGGUGUGAAUUUUUUUUUUUCCUUUUCUUUUCUGUAAUAAAGGCCAGUUCUGACUUUUAGUAGUACGAUGACAAAAUCUUUUUCCUCGUUUUUUGAUAGAGUAAUAUUCUGUAUCUAUGUUUUUAAUGUGAACAAAAGAUAAUUACAAUAGGAGCCCUCAAACUUACAUCCAUUUUAU